AGCAUUACCCUGUUUUUUGUGGAUGAUCAAUCCCACAGUGCAAUAGAGACAUUCGAUGUUUUUAGAGCUUUAGAUCUGCUGUCUGGCAUUCUUGUGAAACUGAACAAGCUCCUGUAUACCUGGAACUAUUCAUUAUGAAGCUCUGGGUACUUCUCUUAUUAUCAUUACUCCUCCUAGAGAUCCAAAAUGGUGUGAGUCAACAGACCAAGGGUAAGAAAGAUGCCAGUUUCAGACCAGGGCGAAAGCGGGUCAAGGGACGUAACCCCAAAGUAAAAGACAAAGAAGUAGGUGGAAAAGUUCAGUCCAUUCUCACUCAGGUUCUGGACAAAGGCCGCUUCCUUCGUCUCGGUGACCAUAUAAUCUUGAGUCCUGGAAAAACAUUGGAACUAAGGUGCAAAGGGACCAAGAUCGGCUGGGCAUACCCGUCUUACUUGGACACUUUUAAUGAUUCCCGUCUCAGCAUUACCCAGAAUGAGAAGUUUAGUCAGUUGACCCUGACAUCACCCUCUGCUGCUGAUACGGGAGAAUACAGCUGCUGGGUGAUACUCUGUGAUGGUGAUGAGUGUGAGAAGGACCCAGAUCACACCUCCACCACCUACAUAUACUUUACAGACAAAGAUGAGCUAUUUAUCCCAUCACCCAUCCACUUUGAGAUUGUGUUCCUGCGGCCUGAUAAACCUGCAACAGUGCCCUGCCGAGUCACGACCCCUAAGACCACAGUGUCCCUACACAGGGAAAUGCCUCCAGAGGAGAUACUGGCUGAUGGGAAUCUUAUCUCCUAUAACCCCACCAAAGGUUUUAUCCUGCAGAACCCCAGCCAUGAGCACAUGGGGGCCUUUUACUGCAAGGCUAGGAGCCCUACAAAAAACACCCCACAGGUCUCCACUAAGUACCAGCUGCUUUAUGUUGAAGUACCUAGUGGUCCUCCAUAUGCAACUAUUCAGGCCUCCUCAAAUGAAGUGAGUGGAGGGGACAUCUUUAACAUCACCUGCACUGUUCUGGGUGAACCUGAGAUGGAUGUUAAAUUCAAAUGGACCUAUCCAGGACAGGACCAGAGGCCUGUGAGUAUUCAGGACUCACGGAGGCUGAUAAACAGAGGUGUGGGCCAAAUCACUCGUAUUUCCGAGAGCGUCAUGAUCGUGGAUGAUGUGGAGACUAUUGAUUUUGGGAACUACAUAUGCACAGCAAAAAAUGACCAUGGAGAGACAUCUGUGGCCACAAAAGUGAACUCGUAUCAUUAGGCCAUUAGAUGGCACUCAAACUGGACUCUCUUUACACCUCUGGCAUCUUGCUGCUUGUUUGUAUUGAUGCCUUUGUGAGGGGAAAAAAAGACUGUUUUCACGGCAAUAGGGGAUAAAAUGAAAGAAUGUAUAAAGCACAAAUACCGUUUACUGGUUUCAUGCUAUUUUCAUAUUAUUUGCAAAUGCUUCAUAUCGUGAAAAUAGCUCCAGUGAAGGGUUGUAAGUGUUUACUCAGAUCUAUGCUUUUAAUAUUUAAAAAAAAAUAAUUUUUUUUAAAUGCUACAAUUAGUAUCUGUACUUCAAUAUUAACAUGGUCUUGCAUUGCUGGAAGUGAAAAUAAAAUAAACUGAUGGUGGAGCUUGUGGUGGAAAGUGUG